UCAACCGUCAAACUCUGUUUCAAUUAUUUAUUUAAAAGUUAAGUUUCUUAUUAUUUCUUUGUUUGAUUCGAGUAAAUAACUUUGAUAAUAAUUAUAACCAUGUGCAAAUAUUGAAUACAAUAAAGUUGAAGUAUAAUUAUAAACGUAAUUGGCGCUAUCCAGGUGAGUAACGAUGCAUAGAUCAAAAAUACCGUCUCCCGCCCGCUCUGAAGGUGCCAAAGUGACCCCAAGGAGGCACCGAUUCAGAUCAUCACGGAGUGUAUCAUCACCUGCUCGUUCUGAUGUGUCAGUCAAACUAUCGUCUAUUGUGCAAAUGCAUGCAAUGCAGUCACCUGUACAAUCACCCCUCAGGACUCGGAGAUCUGUUUUAUCCGAUAAUACUGAUAUUGAAGUGCCCGCACGCCAAAGCUGGUGGAAAAGAUUAGAGGAUAACUCGAGGGAUGUAAUGGAUGUGUUUGAAAGUAAAACAACUGAGCAAACAGAACAUAUAGAAGAAUACAUUGAAGCUGAUUUAAAAAGUCAAGACAAUGACUACACAGUGGACUUGCCAGAAAGCAGCGAUGGAGAGUCAAUCAAUAGUAUAGUCCUACCUCAAAGAAAGUUUUUUAGCCAAAAGCAAACUCAAUCAAAUAAAUUAUUCAAUAAAAUUAUAGAAAAUAGAGAAAACUUAACACAUCGUAAAAGUAAAGCAAACACUGAUAAUACUAUCUUUGUUGGUAAAAAGAAUUUCUUUAACAAAGACACAGAAGUAAGAAGAAGUAGACCAGCUUUUCCACCAGGGUUACUUAACAUGACAGACAAGACUAUAAAUAAAACUCAUGAUAUUACAAAGCAUGAACAAGUUCGGAAUCUGUUAGGUAACCGUGCAGGUACAAAACGUAAAAACAUGUUUGCUGACUUCAUUAUGUCAGAAAGUGAAGAAGAAAUCCCCGAUAUUCAACCAAACGUUUUUGGAUUUGCAAAAAGCAAACAACCACAACGUAAAAUGUCUUCACAAGGUACUCGUAACACUUCACCAAGAUCAAACGAAACUGAUCUAGAAUUUGAAGAUUGGCAACACUUACCAUCAUCAACAAUGGUUGACAAUGAGUUUGGUAAUACAGAAAGUUCUCCAGUGAAAAGACUGAGAUUGAGUAAACCUGAUAGUAUUAUUGAAGAAGUACGAGGAAAUGCUAGAAAUAAAUUAGACAAAACUAAACUAACACUAAUUAUGUCUCAUGGUCUAGAAGAUGAUAACGAAUUCAAUGAAUCUGAUAAAAAGCGAGAUCCAAAAAAUGCACAUGAAAAAAAACUGACACAAAUACCUGAGACAGAAACUGCAACACCAUUUAUAGCAGAAAUAAUUGAAGUUGAAAGUGAUGAUGAACAUAAUUUUACUUUAAGAUAUGAUAAUGAUGAUAAAAAUAUGCAAGCUGAUGAAAUGGACGUAACUGUUAAAGAGCUUGAAAAAAAUAAUUCAAACACUAAUAAAAAUAUCAACGCAACGGUAACUACAGACAACGUAUUAAAGUCUCCAGUUAAGGAUAAUGAGCCCAAUGCUAAUAAAAGUGGUACAGUUGAAGUGAGGGAUGUAAUUGAUAGAAGUAAAACAAUAAAUCAAGAACAAGACAAAAAUGUCUCCUGGAAAGUACUCAAAACACAUAGAGAACAACAUGCUGCCAUUACUACUAACGAAGAUCUACUUGAAAAAGAUGUAAACAAAGUCAUUAAUACUUCAAUGUCUGCAUCAAAUGAGAACGAAGCUUUUGAUGAAAUAGUCAACCCUGAAAUAUACAUUGAAAGAAGAAACAGUAGUGUUGUUAAAGAAAAAACUAAUUCCGAAACACAAAUCAUACAUACAUCAAAUGAUAUUCCAAAAGGAGAUGCUGCAAAAGAAAGAAAACAAAAUGAUGAUGUUCUGGAAAAAGUAAAAUCUAAAACUAAAGAAGAUCUAAAACAAGUUGAAGCUCAGCAAGGAAGGAAUAUAAGUGUUGAAAAUAUGAAUGAACAAAUGGAAUUGGAUGGAAAUAUCAAACAUGUUGAUAAAGAUUUAAAUAAGGUAACAGAAGAAGAAAAUCACAAUGUUCAUAAGAAUGAUGAAACGGAUGAGGAAAAACGUCACGUAGAAGAUGCUGUAUAUGAAAGCAGGAAAGAAACCCCAAUAGAAGUAAAAACGAAGACAAUCUGUGAAGAAAAUCCAGGAACUGUUGAGGAACAACGAGAGGAAAAUGACAAUGUGAGUGCAAACGCGGAAAUGAUUGAAUUAGCAAAUGAAUGUGAUAAAGAAACUCAACAAAUGGCAAAACAUUCUGUGGAUGGCAACAUCGAUCUAGCGAAUAAGGACAAAGGCGACGACAUUAAUGAAAAUAUAGAGGUAGACGAAGACGAGCGCAAUCUUGGACUUAAUGAAACUAUAAAUAAAAGUCUUAAUUCCGUAAAGCAAGGAUCCUUAAAUGAAAAUAUUCUGAUAGACGAUGAAGAAAGUAAACAAGAUGAUGAAGAUAAUAUCACGGAAGACAAUGAAACGAAUAAAAGUAACGAAGAAUCCAAUAAUAUAGCUGUUGAUGAAAAUAAUAUAACAGAAGACGAAGACAAUGAUGAAGAAAAUGAAGUAGAUGAUGAGGACAAUGCAGAAGAGAGUGAAGAACAAAAUGAAAGUAAUACACAAGCUGGAGUAUCCUCAAUGGAUGCUAAUAUCGAGUCUGAUGAUGAACAAAAUCCAAAAGAUAGUGACGAAGAAGAUAAUGAUGAAAACGACGCCGAAGAAAAUGAAAUAACAGAAGAGAAUGAUGAAGAAAUUGAUAAUGAACUCGGAAUAUCUUCAAUAAAUAAGAGUAGCGAAACGGAAAAUGACGCAAACGACGAUGAAGAGAAUGAAGAAGAAAAUGAAAGCGACGAAGGAAUCAGUGAUCGUAUCGGAAUGCCUUCUAUGAAUAUUGAAACAGAUGAUGAGGAUAACCAGAAUAAUGAAGAAAUUAACAUAGAACAAGAAAUAGACAAUGAUAACAACUCAACGUCUGAUAACCAAGUUACAUUUUCAAAAGGUCGUAUAUAUCUAACUAAUGUAACUGGGGAGUCAACACACUCUUACGCUGAGGAAGCUGCUGACUCCGAUCCCGAAGAGUUGCAGACGCGGCGGCUCGCGCUCGAGGAAUAUCUUAUGAAGAUCAAAAAUGAUAAUAUUGAGAAGAGACGAAAAAUGGAGGAAGAGGUCAGAAAUUCACUAAAGACAGCGUCAAGAGAACCUUUCAACAAUUUCAAGGCUCCCGCUCGACCUAGACCAAGAAAACCUCAGCAACGAUCCGAUGUACCUCAACAGACGACGAAAGCCAAAAAGAUCACAUCUCUACUGAACAUAGAAAACUUACCGCCGGAGUUGUUAGAAGACAUGAAAUACAAACCUCCUCGCAGAUAUCAGCCAAAAAGUGCUGCCUGGAUCACAAAGAGGCUUUAUAAAUAUCUAGAAACUAAACUAGAACCCAAAUACGAUUACAAGGCUCGUGUGAAAGCGGAGAAGGUCGUAGAGGCGUUGUACGAGUUCAGUAAGGAGGUGCGGCGACAGCGGGUGGCGGCUCCUCACGCCGUAGACCUCAUCAAGCUGCAGCUCGCGCGCGCAGGACUCGUCACCACGCACUAUGACUUCUACAACUUCCUGCACGAGUUCAUGCCCAGAGAGAUACGGGUUAAGGUUGUACCGGAUGUGGUGAAUGAAAUACCAUUACCAAGAAACGGUGUGUUCUCUGAUAUUGUUUGAUACAAAAAUAAUUGUUACUGUUUGUGUGUAAGAUAUUUAAAAAAGUGAA